AUGCAAGCCCACAGAGGAUUGCCCCUAAUGACAGCCAUAUGCACUCUCGGUACAACACACACGUCGGCCAAUACAUUAUACAGAAACAACUAUACAGAAACAAUGGGUUUUAGUAGCGACCAUAGGCCAAGUGAAUCACUAUUCUCCACAUCGGAGACUUCAGAACGAAGAACUGCGUCUGGUGGCAGAACGCGCGAUAAUCAAACAUCCUCUGCAACACGCAGAAUUUCGGUACCUCAUCGCGCACCUCCAACGAAGUAUACAGAUACUGUAGAGAGGGACAAGUCUGCCCAGUAUGAGCAAUUCUUUCAAGACACACCGGCUUCCAGGCGCCGAAUGUCAGCGUCUCCAAAUACCUGCGAGGGCGCAGUUUCAACUCUCACAGCGCAACGGCUCCGAAGCGAACGCGACUCUUUUGCACGGAGAUUUGAAGCCAACAAUAAAAACAGAAUCUGCUGCGCAGUCGAUAGGGCUGCAGUCCUUACUGUUUACAACGAAGCCCUCGAGAUGGUUGCGGAAUGGGAGGUGCAACAAACAAAGACUCAAGCCGCGUUCGCACCUUCCUCAAGCUUCCUCGGAAGAAAUGAAGCGGAAAGAUACAGAGCUCUGAUACAUGAGGUGAAGACUAAGUCAAAGGUCAUCCUCGGGAUAGUAGACGCAGGACCAGAUCACAGUGUUUUCAGUAACAGCUUGCUUUUGAAUCCGCUGGAGCCACAGUACGCAACGCCGCGUAUUGAUAUGCACGAUGAUUCGAAACAAUACUAUGCAACACGGAGACUCAAUGCAUGGCGUACAGAAGGCUGGCCGCACAAGUACCCUGUUGCAGCUAUCACGCUUGAAUCCAAUAACAACAGGAGAGCUUCCGCGGGUCAUGAAAGAUACAACACGGGAAACAGCGCCAAUAACUGGACCGUUGAAGAUUGGGGUGGGGAAGUAGAUGCUGACAUGGAAUUCUAA